AUGACUGCUAAUGAAACUGUGACUAUGAAUGUGUUUCUCUGCUAUCCACUCCUGCCAAACUCCUGUCCAAAAUUGCAUCGUCUUACUGUUGUUAAAGUGGCAAUGUAUACUUUCUUUGUACUGAUGAUCCUCACAACAGUUUUUGGGAACCUGCUGAUCAUCAUCUCAGUCUCUCACUUCAAACAGCUUCAGUCUCCAACUCAUCUGAUUGUUCAGUCGCUGGCAGCUUGCGAUUGUCUGCUGGGCUCUUUGGUCAUGCCGUACAGCAUGGUGCGAUCUGUUGAAGGCUGCUGGUAUCUGGGAGAUUUUGUGUGUAAAGUUCAUUCUAGUUUAGACAUGAGCUUCUGUAUCUCCUCAUUACUGCAUCUCAGUUUAAUAUCUGUUGACAGGUACUGGGCCAUUUGUGACCCUCUGAGGUACAGAAUGAGGGUCACAAACAACACUGUGACUGUUUUUACUACCUUCAUAUGGCUUUUUUCUUUUGUGUACAGUUUUUAUGUUGUGUUUUCAGGUGUAAACACAAUUGGUUUGGAGUCAUUCAUCAUGCAGGUUUAUUGUGUGGGAAGUUGUGUUUUGUUCUUUAACAAACAAUGGGGUAUUAUAUGUCCAGUUCUCGUAUUUUUCCUUCCUGGGACGAUCAUGGGCUCUUUGUAUAUAAAAAUCUUCUAUGUUGCACGAAAACAUGCAAAGGUUAUGUCAGAAAGAGUGACUGGAGGGAUGAAGAGCCAAAGCUCUGCUCACAGAGAGAGAAAAGCAGCUAAAACUCUGGCCAUUGUCGUGUGUGUUUUUUUGUUCUGCUGGCUGCCGUAUUUUACUGUUACUGUUCUUGACCCUUUUUUCAAUUUUUUCACCCCAGCUGUGGUUUUUGAUGCUGUAAUUUGGUUUGCAUAUUUGAACUCCACUUGUAACCCUUUGAUCUAUGGUUUUUUCUACCCUUGUUUUCAGGGUGCAUUUAAGAUUCUCAUUUCCACUUAUAUCUGCGGCAACAAGGAUUGUAACACUUUAAUAUUUGAAUGA